AUGUCGGACUUUGCAUUUAACAACUACUGUAUACACUGCGACAAAUUGUGUCCAACAAAUCUGGUGUAUUGCUCCGAAGAGUGUAAGAUGAUUGAAUACCAAUCAUCACUAGAUUCGGCCACCACCAAUGCCAAUACAACAGGUACUACAUCUUCAUUGACAUCAUCUACAACGUCGUCAGCUUCGUCAGUACGCCUAUCUAAUCCUUCAACGUCGGAUCUUUCUCAAACUUCGUCGGAAUUAGUCUCUCCCUUGUUAACACCAGCCUUAUAUUUGCAGCAACAGCAGCAACUACAUUUGGGUCCAGGAUCAUCGCCAUUCAUGCAGACACAUUUAGUUGAUGUCGAAGGCAAUGACGAUUAUUCCGAUUUGAAUUAUUUUGACUUGAAUUACUCUGUAAGGUCCAAUAUCAAUUAUACUCAAACUACAAAUAACUCUAGUGACAAGAAUGAAAAAUCAACAAGUGAUUUGUUGAAUUCAACUUCACACAAUUAUAGAAAAUGGUUGACUGCUUUGUGA